AAAUGUUUAAUUUGAGACACGAAGGAUACGUGACGUCGUGGGUGAAGUCCCGGCUCAGAUUUAUCUGCUGACACUGCAACCUUGACGUCAAAUGAACAAUAUUAUAUGUGUUCUAUUGUUUUCUUAUCGCGAGAAUCGGUACGAAGUGUUCUCUUACAGCAUUGAAUUUUUGGGAACGAAUCUUCAAACGAAUUUUGGAAUUUGCAAUUAUCAUGGCGAAAGUGAGGAAAAUUCAAAAUCUCGACAAUUCCUUCGAUGAGGAAGCGGCGGAUAGUCGUUGGGAUGUUGACUCGGAUUUAUUAUUCUUCUCGUCGAUAGAUAGUACCACGAAGAAAUGGAUAGAAACUCUGCACCAUAUGUGGUCACUAUGGAAGAAAUGCGAUAUUGUUAGCAAAACAUUGAUAAAUUACUUUGAAACAGCACCAAAUCCAUAUCUUAGUACUUUAAAAAUAUUGGCAAAUAUGCCAAAUAUAAAACAUAUAAAGUCUACAGAGCUUGCGCUUGACGUCAUAGAAGAAUUUUCAGAUUGGCUUGAAGAUAGAAAAGAGGCUUAUAAGGAUUGUCUUGUUCCUGAUUUGAAAUUAGCAGUUUUCAAAUUAAUAACCAAACAGAAACAUUUAAUGAAUAAAGUUUCUGUUGUAUAUGAGUUUAUGGAACAUAAAGAAAUGUUCUUACAAUUAAUACAGAAAAUGAUUCAAGAACAAAAAUAUAAAGAAGCUGCACAAUAUGCUGCGUUAUUACAAUUGCAAGAGUACUUUAAGAAUCCAGAAAUAUUAUUAAUACCUCUUAUAUUACAAAAUAAGUUGGCAGUGAUGGAUGAGUUUUUAGUUGGUUGCCCAGAUAUACAAGAAGCCUUGAUAAAAUAUUUAGAUAAUUUAAUAGCACCAAAACAAAACAUGCAGAUUGUAUUGAAUCAGUUUAUUCAGAAAAAUAAUAUAUCAGAUGUUAAGAUAUCAAUAUCACAUGUUCGUCCAAUGACUAAGCUUAUUGCACGUUUAAUAAAACAACAUAAUUUAUCACCUGAUUUAGCUCCUCACUUAAAUACAAAACGAAGUGAAGGAGCAAUACAGUUUCUUAUACAUAAGCGUUACAUUGAUGGUAGUUUAAGUGUCGAUAGCUGGAGGGAGAUGGUAAGAGAAGCAGCAGGCAAUGAUGCUGUCUUACAAGCAAAUCUACUCUCAAUGUUGGUUAAUGUUAAUGAUGUACAAGAAGGCUUGUACUGGGCAAGAGAAUUUGAGAUACCUAAAGAACAGUGGCCAUGGCAUAUCAUAAAUGCAGAAGAACAGGAUGGUGAAAAAUAUAUAUAUUUUGCAGGCAUAAAUGAGGGUGCAUCCAUUAGUAGUGAAAGAAAUCGGCUAUUAGAUGAAAGUAAUACAAAUUAUUACGUCUUAAAACUACCUAGAGUUUGUAUUAAAGUAAUAGAUAAUGUACGCUUAUUUGAAGAAUUUCUUGAUAAUGGAUUAAGAGGUGUUGAUAUGGUUGGAAUUGACAGCGAGUGGAAGCCUAGUUUUGGAACUAAACAAUCAGAGUUAGCACUUAUACAGAUCGCUACUAAUGAAAAUGUUUAUAUAUUGGAUGUAACUACUCUUAGCAAUGAAUUAUGUGAGCUGUGGAGUGAACUCGGUCUUAUAUUAUUUGGGAACCAGGAUAUAAUUAAGAUAGGAUUUGGAAUCGCACACGAUAUGACAAUAAUACGCAAAAAUUUACCUGCCUUAUCAUGUAUAAAAACAUAUGGGCAAGGAUACCUCGAUUUAAUGCAUCUAUGGAAUAAAUUAGUAGAUGAUUGCAACUUCGUUUUCCCAUAUAAAGGUGAUCCCAAAUUCACAGGAAAGAGCUUAAGCAGGCUCGUGGAAUUAUGUUUUGGGCAAAAACUUAACAAGUCCGAGCAGUUCUCAAACUGGGAAUUGAGACCAUUGCGAGAAAAUCAGAUAACAUAUGCUGCAUUGGAUGCAUAUUGUUUAUUGGAGAUCUAUAAUGUACUAGCUGAAUGUUCAUUAGAUAUGGAUAUACCGUUUCAAGAUAUUUGUAAUGAGAUACAACAUAUUCCACAGAAGUUUCAAAAAACACAUCCGAAUAAAUCUACGUACAAGAAACCUAUGCAUUCUAAGUUCGCAAUGGGCAAUAGAAGCAACGAAAAUUACCUUAUGAAUACAGGAGCUGUGCCAAAAUAUGAUGGGAUGACUAACCAUGGACCUAAACAAGGGUAUUCACAGAGUAAUCAGAACAAAUAUGAUAAUCGUAUGAAAUACGAUAACCAAAAAAAGUAUAGCUAUAAUAAACCGGAUAGUUACAACGGAAACAAUAAUUAUAGCAAACAUGAUAAUUACAACAGAUACAAUAACUAUAGCAAAAACGAUAAUUAUAAUAUGCGCGACAACAAACAAAUACAGGACAGAACUGGAUACACAAAUCAGAGAUACGAUGGUCAGAGUAAAUACGAUGGCCAGAGUAAAUACGAUGGCCAGAGUAAAUACAAUGGUCAGAAUAGAUAUGAUGGUCAGAGCAGAUACGAUGGCCAGAGCAGAUACGAUAGCCAGAACAGAUACGAUGGCCAGAGUAGAUACGAUGGCCGGAGCAGAUACGAUGGUCAGAACAGAUAUGAUGGCCAGAGCAGAUACAAUGACCAGAGCAGACAUGAGAGUCAGAACAGAUACGACAGUCAGACUAGGUACGAUAAUCAAAGUAAACGUGACAAUCAUAAUAGAUAUGAUAAUCAAGAUAGACGAGAUAUUCAAAAUAGACAAGAUCCUUGGAGUAGACAAGAUUCUCGCAAUAGACAAGACGUUCAGAGUAAACAAGAUUUUCAGAAUAAGCGAGAUGUUCAAAAUAAAAUAAGAACUAUCCAGAGUUAUAGUAGGCCACAAUCUGUUCAACAGUGCCGUGAUCCAAUCGCCGCACACACGUGGCGUGUUGUUUGUGACUCGAUGUUGGGUGGCUUGAGUAGCAGAUUACGAAUGUGUGGUGUGGACUGCGUACACGUGUUAUUUGAUGAAGGAGGAAACGAAUCCGCUACAUUAGCGAUGACUGAAAAUAGAUUUUUGUUGACGCGUCACAGAAACUAUCACAAAUUCGAGAAGUACAUACCACUGGAGAAAUGCUACAGGGUAGUGGAAGAUAUACCCGACAAACAGCUGUGCGAAGUAUUGAGGUAUUUCAGUGUCGUAGUCACGCAGGAUGACAUUUUCAGUCGUUGUCAGAAAUGUAAUAAUGAUGAAUUUGUGAAAAUUCCAAAGAAUAUUAUGGAUAAACUGAGACAAAGCUUCAUAAAAAAUAUAAAGAGAAAUCAUUAUCGCAUGGUUCCAUCCGAACAGAUGUAUCAAUUUGAUGAUUCAUCAAAAAGCGAUAUCUUCAGUGUCGAUGAUGAUGCUUCAAGCGACGACUUCGAACUCACACGUCCAAUAAAUUAUCUUACAAACAGUGAGCAUCGUAAGUGGCGUCUAUCCACAAACGUCGAUAGCGUCGACAUUACGAUGUGUUUGACUAGAUGUCAGGCGCGGAUACAAAUUGAUAAAGUCCCUCUGAAGUUAUUGAAGAGUAUGCAAGUUUUUUACAUAUGCGAACAUUGCGGAAAAGUAUAUUGGGACGGUUCACACUUGGAACGAGCACUCAACGGUGUUAUUAAAGAUUUAAUUGUAGAGUAAGUACAUUACAUGUGAUGAGCUCGAAGAAAGGAUUGAAAAAGCGCAAAAAUCAAAAUUGUCCUUAAUUUGAAGCUUCGAGAACAUGAUAAUUGUUCCUAGAACAACGCCAAUGAUAUAUAAAAUAUACAAUAUUGUCAAGCUUAUUAAAGACGUCUAAUCGCGUUAAUAUUUGCGACAUAGAAAUACAUAUUCGUAUCGAUAUAUAGUUACCAUUCCUUUUUGCAUUUCUCAAGUCUGAUACGACAAUAUUGUAUUUUAUAAUAUUUCGUUUGUUUCAAUAAUAUACAUUAUACAUAUUAAUGUUACCAUUAAGGUUAACCCGAUUAAAUUGUUUAUCAUAUUUGUUACCUCAUACCAUAGUUAUGAUGCCAUGAUAAAUUUUUGAAACAAAUGCUAAGUUAACGGUUUACUACCGGUUUACUAAUAUUGAGAUUUUUAUUAACAUAGAUUGUUAAAUAAUCUAAAACGUUUAUUAGAACUUAAAUUGCCUUUUUUUCAAUCAAAUGUGUAUAACGAGAAAUCUGAGGUAUGAAUUGAUUAAUGAUGAGGACCAUAAGAUGAGAUUUCUAAUACACAAUUUUUGCGUGAGAGCACGUACAAUAUCUUCCAUAUAAGAGCGAAUACGAGCCAACUGUAUUAAGUGUAUCUAUUUCGCUGCU